AUGAUAUACAAGAGGACCCUUAUUUGGCUCUUAACCAUUUCACUACUAUCUAACUCUAUUCAUGCAGAGGAAUAUGUUAUCACCUUAAAGACGCCCAAGACUUUGAAUAAGUUGUUAGACGUCGGAGUUGGUAAUCGUACACUAAAACAAAUACUUGAUUCUAGGAUAAAGCAAAGGUUUUCAUUUGGUAAAUUUGAGGCCAUCACGGUAGACAUUCCACCGUUCAUUGUGGAGACGUUGACGGAAAACAAGUGGAUAUCCCAUAUUUCUCUUAAUGAAGAGUAUAACCUAUUGGACGACAGUUAUAACAAUCCGGACAGAGGCGAUGCGGGUCAUGUAAAUCGUAAUGGAACUGAAGCAGUGAUAAAGCCUGGCACUGAAACUGAGCCUGGCAACGGAAUUGAAGAAGAGGAGGAUCAAGAUGAUGAAGGUGAGGGUGAUGGCGAGGCGGAAGAUGAAGCGAACGAUGGUGAUGAAUCCAGUGAUGGCGAGGGAGACGAGAGCGGUAAGCAACCGGAUGCUGAAGGGGGAGAUGAUGGUUCAGAAGAAAAACCAGGCGAUGAUGGCGAUGGCGACGGUGAAGACGGUUCUGAAAAUGAUGAGGGAAAGCCAGAAGAUGAUAAGCCAGAAGAAAACAACCCUGCUCCCAACGAUGGCGGAGAUGGCGGGGAUGUCGAACCCAUAGAUGGAGGUGAUGGCGAUGGUGAUGGAGGUGAUGAUGGCGACCGGGGAGACAGGGAUGAGAACAAGCCUGAUGAUAAUGGAGGUAAUCCACCAGUGAGUGACCCGGAUAUUACUAUUGCGAUGCAAUCAGGCGCUCCUAGACACUUGGCUAGGAAUUGCAGGAGAUCUGGUUUACCUUUUGACACGAGCGGAAGUAAAGAUUACGAAUUUAACUAUUAUUACGAUGCGGAACACUUGGGAGAAACUGUGAACGUGUACAUUUUAGACAGCGGUAUUCAUAAAUCCCAUCCUGAGUUUGAAGGUCGCGCUGUGUUUGGUAUAGACACAACCAACGAGGGUCCUGGGGAUUUGAAUGGACAUGGUACACAUGUGGCGGGGUUGGUUGGUUCUAAAACCUAUGGAGCUGCUAAGAAAGCUACUAUAUACGAAGUGAAGGUAAUGACUGUCGAUGGCAGAGGCAGCACAUCGAAUAUUAUUGCUGGUGUAGAGUUUGCUGUAAAACACUGCCAACAAAGUGGUAAGAAAUGUGUUGCUAACAUGAGUCUUGGAGGUUUAAGUUUUGGACACAGUGCAUUGGAUAGUGCGGUGGAGGCGGCCAUUGAAGAGGGCCUAGUUUUUGUUGUUGCUGCAGGUAAUUCCAAAGAAAGGGCUUGUUGGUACAGCCCCGCCAAAGUCAAAACGGCCAUAACGGUUGGCGCGUUUGAUGAUCGUUCAGAUAUAAUUGCAUCUUUCUCUAACUAUGGUAAGUGUGUGGAUAUAUUUGCCCCCGGUGUUGCUGUAUCAUCUUUAUCCAAUAGUCCUUACAACACGGUACGUGUAUUGAACGGGACUUCUAUGUCUGCCCCAAUUACUGCUGGUGUCGUCGCAGUUUUACUAGAUCAAGGCGUCAAACAUGAAGAUGUAAAAGAACGUUUAAUUGAUCUUUCAACCAAAGGCGUCUUCCACAGGAGGAGAUUAGUGAGUUCCAGAACUCCAGACCGCACAUUAUUCAACGGUGUUCCUCAGGAAGACGACGUAUUCAAUGCCAUAGAGUAUCCAUUUGAAGAUGAAGACACAUACAUCAAAUUCAUCGGAGACGAUUUCAAGAAAGUCCAAGGGCCUUCAUUGUUCAGAAAAGUAUUGAAAUCGUCACUAAGUAAAGUCAUUUAA